GUCAAACUGGCUGAAAGUCGGGGGUUUGUUCUUGCACAUCAAUUGAUUUCAAUACCAAACUACGUAUACAUAAAGAUUCCGAACAACAACAGUCGAGAACAAGUGUAGAAUCAUUCUUUUUUGUGAAAUAUCUUACUCAACAAUUCCACUCCUGUAACGAAAAUGCCCUCCAUUAAAGAACUUAUCGGCAUUGCGGUCCUUGCUAGUACUUGUUUCGCCUCUACAUUUACUCGGCACUCAGCAGGUGGAAGUCGUGGUUCUCACCUUUCCACCUCAUCUCUUUCUGGCGCCGUUGACGUUGCCGGCAGUGGCAAUAUUUUAUCGUCCAGCAACUGGGCUGGUGCUGUACUUCAGUCGACUGGUGUUACCGGCGUAGCCGGAACGUUCACAGUACCCACCCCGAAAAUUCCCUCUGGAGGCGAUUCCACAACUUCAUACUGCGGUUGUGCUUGGGUUGGAGUUGAUGGUGAACUUGAUGUUUGCCCCAAUGGCGGCCUCAUUCAGGCUGGAGCUACAUGGUGCAUCCGGGGAGGUACUCCCUCGUUUUACGCAUGGUUCGAGUGGUGGCCUGCUCAGCUAAUGAUGAUCUUUGAUAACUUCAGUGUCAAUGCUGGCGAUGAGAUCCAAGUUGCUGUGACCGCAACGAGCACCACCACUGGAAACACGGUACUAGAAAAUUUGACCCAAGGGACCAGCAUUAGCCAUACCUGGAACACAGAGUCACCAGCCCUCUGCAAGUUGACUGCUGAGUGGAUUGUCGAGGAUUUCACCGACUACUACAGCAAUGGCUCAAUUUCUCCCGCCCCAUUUGCCAACUAUGGCAGCGUCACUUUCACCAAUAAUAGCGCCACCGUUAAUGGUGCGAGUGUUGAUGUUUCAGGCGCCCAGCCUGCAAACAUGGUUGUAAACGGAAAAACAGUCAGCCAGUCUACUAUUUCCAAUGGCAAAGUCACUGUGACCUAUCAGGGUUAAGCAUCAAUCUUCUUCAUACUAGGAUUAUAAAAAAACAAGUGCCUGCGACAGUUUCUUAGUCUAUUUGAAGCAACUUGAUGGACAUAUUUGUUACAUAUGUAUAUAAAUUAAGUUCUAAAAUAUUGUAUUCAGAAUGAAAACUAUCAUCCUAC